AUGCCUGAUACGAAAAGGCAAAGGAAGGUUCUUGACCCAGCUAAUGACCUUAUUUUGAGGGACUACCCAGAAAACAUGGUGGGGCUAGAACCAAGGUGGGUAAGGCAGGCGUCGAGGAAGACUAAGGCUUCCAUGUCCAGCGGGCUAAGUCAGUGGGUGGCGCCAUUAGGAAAAAGGGAGAACUGGGUGGCGCCCAAGGUGUUGAGGCAGGCGAUUCCCGUGUGGGAGAAAAGAGGGGACGGCGCCCAUGGGGCUUUGUCUUCUGUUGAUGGUGUUAGGGACUCAAGCCAUGGAGUAGCUGACCAAGGAGGAGACCUUGGCGUUGGCCUCAUAGGCGACGCCCAAGGUGCUAAGAAAGGCGUCCAUGGCGCGGGUAUGGCAAACAGUGAUGACUUGGAGCAAUGCUUUGGGCGACGCCCUAGGGCAAUGGUUUGGGUGAGGACACCAAGGUGGCCUGGGCAUAGAGGAAAAGAAGUGCACUGGGCGAGACUGCCUGGUGCAAGUGGGCGGCGCCCAAGCUAG